AUUUAUCUCGCAUUUUGGCGACUUCCUCUGCUUAUAUCACUCAUGCUGGACAGAUCGACCAGACACUGACUCCACAAAUGCUACAAGAGGGCCAACAACUAGUCCACAUGACAUUGGCCUUUUUGUAUGCAUGAAGCUGUGAGGAGUGCUUCUGAAUGGCAAAGAGGUCACACUUAGCUAUGUAAUGUAUAGGAAAUGAAGCAGUCAGAGAACAAAGAUCUUGUGGCUGUCAUGCCUUGUUGUGAAUGAAUCAAAGGAGGGCUGAGAUUAUUUGGGCUGGUAAGCUCGUAGAGAAGAUUAGAUGAGGGUGUGUUGGAGAUAAUACAGUAAUAACUGGUACGUGAUGUAGGUGCACAGAAUGUCUCUGAGCAGAUAUAGCUGGGAUGAAGAUGCUCUUUCUUUGGAGUAAUCAAAGUCAAACACUCAUCACAGAUGGAUCUACCAGGUGCUUGUGAAAAUGGAACUACUGGGUAUAUAGCAAACGGCUGAUUACAUAGGAGCCUGAUGGACUUUAUAAGUGUCAUGAAUAUUUUUUUCACAAUUCAAUGGCUGUGUAUGGGAUAAAUUGAAUUGUACCCCCAAGCACAGGAAUGAUUGUUGUGUUGACACAGUGAUAAAAGACAUCUGCAAAUAGACUUUGUUGAGUGGCGGAAUUUCCUCCCCCACACCGCAGUUGUGAAUGAUAUUGAAACUGGUCCAAACCACUUCUCUGAGAGCCAUCAUAUGAAAAUGACUAUUUUAAAGAGAGUUUCUCCCGUCUAACACCUGAAACACACUGAAGAGCAAUUUAUGAAUUGAGUUUUUGUCAUUGGUCCUCCUGCUUGUGCCACUAGGUACUGUAUGGACCGUAGGAGUUAAAGAGAAGAGAACUGACAGCAUGAAACCAGCCAGUGGCAACAGUUAUAGCAAGGGAACACCCCUGAAAAUUCUUAACAAGGGACCAGAUUACUUCAGGGAGCGAGUGAUGAAAAGAUCAUCAGGUAUGAUGAUGGUGCCAAGUAGAUGUAAGAGUGCUGUUCAACUGCUGGAAGAAACAAAAUCCCAGUAUGUGAAAAGUACAACAGUUCUAGUCAACAAGCAGAAACCAAGGAAUGCUGAAAAUCUUCAAGUUGGAACCAGGCAGAAGAAUUUAGCACCCCCCAGUGAAUUGGAUGGUAAAAACAACAUUGCUACCAUUGAUCGAGGACAGUUGCAGGCAGAUGUUCUUUCCAAUACAGCCACAGCUCAAUGUAGGUCCAGCCCAAACUUUUCAGCGGCACAUGUAAGAGGUUCUGCUGAACUUCAUUGUAGACUGAAACUGCAAGGCCAAGAGUCCUGCUGCUCAGGACCAAAUGCUCAGAUUGCCAAAGAUUUAGACAGUUUUACAGAGAGUUCCAGGGAUCCAGUUGGUGACAGUCCCCCUCCUAAAUCAGUCUUGUAUAAAAGAACAAGGCAGCAAAUUGGAGGCGAUGCAAGUGCAAUAAUAGCUAGUAGUAAUGGGGGAGCGACAGGCUCUGGACAGUCACCUUAUUUUAAAAGAGCUCGUCAGCAGGAUUCUGUCAAUAUUACUUCACAGCAGCAUAAUCAAAAAAUGAAUUCUAUUGAUCGAAACAGUCAAACCAAGUCCAGUAUUAAGUCUACUUCUUCUCGAGGUAGUACUGGACAUGGAUCACCUCGAAGGAUUGAUGUCAGGCCUAAGAUAACCAUUCUGGAACCUGUCCAUCUCGAGUCCUCCUCCCACCCUGUUCCCCAGAGUGGAUGGAGAGAUUACCGUGGCACAGCCAACUCAUCAGAUAAUCAGUACACCACAGAUGAGCAGAGCAGCUCACAGGGUGAAGGUACAGGAGAUAGCAUCGUACGCCUUCGUCCUAGAAGAUACAGUAUACAGCGUUCACGAUCAGAUCUCAGUCACAGGUUCAACCGAAAUAGUAAUGACUUCUCAGAUAUGAGCUCUCGGCUUUCUCGCACCAGUACAGACUUGGAAAAGUUUUUCAAUGAGAUGGGAUUGGAGGGUAGUGUCAUUGGACCCAUGCUGAAGUCACAGACUGAGUCAAAAGAUGAAUUACAGAUUUUUGAGAGUGCCAGCUCUCUAGCUUCUCCUGCUAAAUGGAGUGUAUGCAGCGGCGAUUCUCGACUGGACUUAGAUGGCCGGGCAACCCCAACUUCAGUAGUGGAGAGAAAUGCUAGGAUAAUAAAAUGGCUUUGCAAUGUGCGGAAGGCAAGGUCUAGAAGUACGUCAGAACUGGAAUAGACAUUAACACUAGCUUACAAUAUUGUAUUAACAAGUUAGUAUUGAUCACAGAAUGACAAUAACCUUAAGGCAGUCAAUCUCUUCAAAGAGGUUUCCUGGGAUCCAGAACACCAAUAUUGACACUUCAGCAUUUUCAAGCCAUGAAGUAAGAUAAUUGCAUCCAUUUAAAUGAUCUUGAAAUAACAGAUGAUUGCAUGAAAUGUAUGUUUAUAUCUGAAACUAUAUGAAAGAACUCAUGCAACAAAGUCAUUUUUGGCGUAAAAAUCAAUGUUAAUUGGUUUUGGGAGAAAGGUAGACCCAAGGAAUUGCGUAGAAGAAAAAAAGGCAAAAAAGUAAAAAUAAGUCUGACAUAGGGUGCUGAAACACAGGAAAAAAAGUACAAGGUGUAAGUUAUUUUCAAUCUAUAAAACUAUACAUACUGUGCAAAAAAAAUUACAUGUAUGCUUUACAACCUGUGGAGUACCUUACUAUUACCUUAAUUAUGAUGACAGAGUAGUAUUGCAUUAAUAAUUUUAGACUGAUGUCUGUAAGAAGGCAUAAAAUUUUAAAGAAAGAAUGAAAAUUAUGUGAACUAUAUGUACCUUCAAGAAAUUUGCUGAAAACAGUAAACUAACCAGUGUAGCACUGUUCAGUGCAGUUGAAGAUCAAAUGAACAAAUGUAAUGGAUAGGGAAUUCCUAAUUAAAAUGACCAUUUUGAUUUGAACUUUACCUACCAGUGUCAAUUGUACAUGCCCUUUCCAUGUGAAAAGUUGCAUUAAAUACAAUUUCUGAUCAAUUGUGCAUGUAUUCCACAUAAAUCUGACAAAUUAUUUGCCUUCUUUCUCCAUUUGAAGCCUUUGUUUAAACUUGUAUUUCAAUUUUUCAUGUGCAAUAAUCAUAUACCUUUAAUCUAGGUUAUGUAUUACUUAACUGAUUCUUACCUAGUUUAAAUGUUUUUUUAAAUUUAUUAUUUUUAUUUUAUUAUUAUUUUUUUCAAAUUAACUCGCUUUUGCAUCUUUUUUUUUAAAGAUAGAGCAAGUUGCUUCUGAAAUAUUGGACAGGUAAAAGGCGCUUCUCAUAAAGUUUUGAUGAAAUAUGAUGCCUCAGGCCAAAGCAUAGGCCAACUGUUUAGUUCCAUCAAUUUUUGAAUGAUAUCACACAAAUGAUAUAUUAUUUGCUCCCUCAAUGUGACUAAAUAAAAAUUU